UUAUUCCUGUCUCACUUUCCUGACUAAAUUCUUCCCUGCUGCUGUUUUAUCCUUCCCCCACGUUCUCUUAUCCUCCCUCCAUCCAUAUUCCUGUCUGUGGAUUCAACUAGCCACUAGUUUUGUUUGGGAGAUGCAGCAUCCCUAGCUUUCUUACUCCAAGCACGGCAUCAAACCCCAUAACUGGAAGGUUAUGAGGCAGUGAGCUGUGUAAACCAGGGGUGAGGCCAUACUGUGAAGAGAGCAAUGCGUUCAGUCAGAGGUGGUGGAGGUGGGCGAGAUCUCUUGGUAGAGCCCAUCACCCUUCCUAACAAUCAGAGUUCCUCACCUCCAGAUUCUGUUGCUUAUUUAUCUCCCUAUUUCAUACUAAAUAGAGCUGGGGACUGCAGCCUCAUGUGCAGCUCUGUGGCAGCGCCCGGGCCUGGCUGGCUCAGUCGCAGGCAGGCUGCUUUCUGCCUUCCUUAACACGAGCUGCUUGCUCUUGGCCAUCGGUUCUGAUCUGUUUGGAUCCUCUCGGCAUCCAAGCAGCCGUGAUUGCUGUGUAGACUGAAUAUUCCCAAGUUGUUGCAGUCCUGAAGCUGCCCCAGGUUUUGAACACCCAUAAUGGGGAGCGUGGGGAAGAGAUGGGGCCUGAUCCCUUGGGUUUUCACACAGGCUCCCUCCCCAGUCUAUCUACUCCUGAUUCCCCCUUCUUUGUCUCUUUAAGCUGCUGCUAGAUGACUGUUAUUGCCAAAACACUUUGGUGUCUCCGGUUUUGUGAGCACUCAGGAAUAGUUUUGGAAUUCUCCUUGUGGUUUCUCCUCCCCUGUGUGUCUGCCUGCAGCUUACCCUGGAGCCCUGCCAGCACCCCCUCACUCAGACCUGACUUGCCCUGAAAUCCUUACUCAUGCCUUAAUCACUUCCCGGCCCUGCUAUUGCAGUCCCCCCCUCGCAGCAUCUGCAAGUCUUUGCUACGUUAGUUCUCUGCGAAGCUGCAUGCAUGGGCCUGCCUCCUUCCUUGGCCUAGGAAGCAGGCCUGGGUGUCCCCUGCCUUCGGGCUGCUCCCUGUGCUCUCUCCUAGCAAUUCCCUUUGCUUCUGAUGUUGCCUCAGCUCACUUUUCUGUGCCACCUUCUUCUGUCUGCAUCCCAGCCUGCUUAGUCAGAGAACCUUAGCUUCCUUUUUGCUGAUAGUUUCAAUUUUGUGAUUGUUUUUCUUUAUCCUUUUUAGGAAUGUGGGUUUUUUUUCAUUUUUCAGCAGCCUAGUCAUUUCCUUUAUUUUCCUUUUUUUUUUUUUCAUCACCCAACUUUUUGUUUGAGGAGCUGUGUGCUUGUUACAUGCUAGCAAUGCUACAUGCAUUUGGAGGUCUUAUUCCAUUUGCUUACCGGGAAGGGAAUGGCAUAGGGAAAUGCUUGUUUUCUAAACCCUUACUUUCUGUAACAAGGUUUUAGAUUUAUCCUUAAUGAAAGGAGCUGAAAGCCCAGUCACAAACACUGGCCUCUUCCCUCUUCCUCCUAUCAGUUUGGGAAGGCUGCCCUGAAGUUUUGUGAAAAUGGGGGCCAUGCAACAAAGGUCUGUGACGAUGGAAGAGAAAGUCCAUCAUCGAGAAGCCUGAACGGAGAUACCAGGACAGCAUUUGAAACCCUGGAGAUACUAGUCUGACAUACAGGAGGCAGCAAAUAUGUUGAAGCCAAGUGGACUUAAAAUCCCCGGCAGGGCAGGGAAGCACUCCAGCCCAGUGGGACGAGCGUCGGGGACGACUGCAGCUGCUGUCACCACUGGUUCAAAAGAAGGCUCGCCCUUACACAAGCAGGGUACCACCUCCACCGCCAGCGCCGAGAAGUCGGGCUCAAAGGUCGCCGAGGUGGGCGACGAUUUCCUGGGAGACUUCGUGGUGGGCGAACGCGUCUGGGUGAAUGGAGUGAAGCCAGGAGUGAUCCAGUACCUCGGGGAGACGCAAUUUGCUCCGGGCCAGUGGGCAGGGGUCGUUCUGGAUGACCCGGUGGGUAAGAAUGACGGCUCGGUCGGUGGAGUGCGUUACUUCGAGUGCCAGCCGCUGCAGGGGAUCUUCACCCGACCGUCCAAGCUGACGCGGCAGCCGGUGGCCGAGGGCUCGGGGAGCGACGCCCCCUCCGUGGACUCUCUCACGGCCCAGAACUUGUCGCUGCACUCGGGGACGGCCACGCCGCCCCUCUCCACCCGUGUCAUCCCCCUGCGGGAGAGCGUCCUCAACAGCGCCAUGAAGACGGGCAACGAGUCUGGAUCGAACCUCUCGGACAGCGGGUCUGUGAAAAAAGGGGAGAAGGACUUACGGCUUGGAGAUCGUGUGCUGGUUGGCGGGACAAAGACAGGAGUUGUUCGCUACGUGGGAGAGACGGAUUUUGCCAAAGGAGAGUGGUGCGGCGUGGAGCUGGACGAGCCCCUGGGGAAGAACGACGGGGCUGUGGCUGGUACCAGGUAUUUCCAGUGCCCCCCCAAGUUCGGCCUCUUUGCUCCCAUCCACAAGGUGAUCCGGAUCGGCUUCCCAUCUACCAGCCCUGCCAAGGCCAAGAAGAGCAAACGGAUGGCCAUGGGGGUGUCUGCCUUAACCCACAGCCCCAGCAGCUCCUCCAUUAGCUCCGUCAGCUCCGUGGCAUCGUCCGUCGGGGGCCGGCCCAGCCGCAGCGGGCUGCUGACAGAGACCUCCUCACGUUAUGCCCGAAAAAUCUCUGGCACCACGGCUCUGCAGGAGGCGCUGAAGGAGAAGCAGCAGCACAUCGAACAGCUGCUGGCAGAGCGUGACCUGGAGCGAGCUGAAGUUGCCAAAGCCACCAGCCACAUCUGCGAGGUGGAGAAGGAGAUUGCCAUCAUGAAGGCCCAACACGAGCAGUACGUCACAGAGGCAGAGGGAAACCUCCAGCGGGCACGAGCACUGGUGGAUGGAAUGCAAAAGGAGAAGAUCGAACUGCUGAACCAGCUGGAAGAAGAGAAGAGGAAAGUGGAGGACUUGCAGUUCCGCGUGGAGGAAGAAUCCAUAACGAAGGGGGAUUUGGAGCUAACCACGGUAGCAGAGAAGUCCAGAAUCCUGCAGCUGGAGGAGGAGCUGAGCCUCAGGUGCAGCGAAGUGGAUGAGCUCCGGCAGUGCCUGAGGAGCUCUCACCAGGCAGAGGCUCCCGAGCAUCACCUUGGCUUGCAGUCAGAGGCUCUUCGGUUACGUGAUCAGCUGCUGUCUGCCAACAAGGAGCACCAGAAGGAGAGCAGCCAGCUAAAGGAGAAGUACGAGAAGACACUAAAGAAGUACCAGCAGGAGAUGGAGAAGCUGAAAGCCAUCAAUGAGAAGUAUUCGCAAGAAAUCGUUGACCUAAAGCAUAAGGUUCAGCAAGCCACUAACGAGAACAUGGGGCUCAUGGACAACUGGAAGUCCAAGCUGGACACGUUAGCUUCUGACCACCAGAAGUCUCUGGAGGACCUCAAAGCCACACUGAACACUGGCCCCGACACCCAGCACAAGGAGAUCGUGGAACUGAAGGCAGUGGUGGAGAGUAUAAAGAUGGAGCACCAGCUUGAGCUGGAGAACCUGAAAGCAAAGCAUGACAUUGAGACAGCUGUUCAUAUAAAGGAGAAAGAGAGCCUCAAACUGAAGUUGCAGGAGGCUGUGGAUGAAGUGGAAAAAAGCAACAGCAACUGGAAAAUGCAACUGGAAACCAAAAGCAAUCAGCACCUUCUUGAGCUCCAAGAUAUGAAGGACAAGUGUCGAGAUGCGGAGCUGAGGGUGCAUGAACUGGAGAAACUUCACAGUGAAUAUAAAGACCAGACACAAGCAAUAGCUUUCUUGAAAGAGCAGAUUUCUUUAGCUGAGAAGAAGAUGUUGGACUAUGAAACGCUACAGAAAACAGAAGCCCAGAGCAAACAGGAGAUCCACAGACUGCAGGAAAAAGUGCUUGUCUUAGAGAACAAGCUGCAGUCCAUGGAAGCUCUGCAUCCUUCUCAGCAUGCAAAUAUGAUUGAAACUAAUGACAUUUCAGAAGAAAAGAUAAGGAUGAAGCAAACUAUGGAAGACCUCCAAGACAAGCUGAGUAAACGAGACAAAGAGGUGUCAUCACUGGUGUCCCAGACUGAAACCCUAAGGGCCCAAGUAAGUGCUUUGGAAAAUAAGUGCAAAAUUGCAGAAAAGAAGGCAGAUUCAGUGUUAAAAGAGAAGAAGAGGCUGGAAGGUGAGCUGGAAGCCUUGACCAAGAAAACACACGAUGCUUCGGGGCAGCUGGUCCUGAUUAGCCAGGAGCUGCUCAAGAAGGAAAGGAGCCUGAAUGAGCUGAGAGCACUCUUACUGGAGGCAAACCGGCACUCGCCGGGGCCAGAGCGGGACCUGAGCCGGGAGGUGCACAAAGCAGAGUGGCGGUUGAAGGAGCAGAAGCUCAAAGAUGACAUCAAAGGGCUGCGAGAGAAAUUGGUCGUGCUGGACAAGGAAAAAUCAGUAACGGAUCAGAGGCGAUACUCCCUGAUUGACCCCUCCUCGGAGUCAGAAGUGAUCCGGCUGCAGCACCGGCUGGUCAGCACGGAGGAUGUGCUGCGCAACGCGCUGGAGCAGGGCCACCAAAUGGAGAAGCUCAUGGAAGCAAUGAGGCUUUCCUCAGAGAAAACACAGACUGUUGGAAAUUCUGGGUCUGCUAAUGGGAUUCACCAGCAGGAUAAAUCCCACAAACAAGAGGCAGGAUGGCCAGCCUGAGGAAGAGGCAGUGUGGCCUGCUGGGCAGUGCAGGGGGUCAGGGCAUGGAGAAGCUCUGAUAGAGAAGAGGUGGAGAGGAUCAUUUCAUGCCAGUAUCAGCUCCUGUGCACAGUCAGGAAAACCAAUACCGCAUCUGGCUUUAGCACCUCCAAAAGACUAGACACAGUAUUUUCACUUUAAAGCAGGACAAUGUUUAUAAUGUACUAACUGAUGUAAUCAGGACAAUCCUGGAGUCCAGUUUUCCAAGACAGCCGUUGUUCCAGGAGGAAGCAGAAAGAUCUCUCUGGGUUUGGUUUCUUACCUGUAUUGAUUUUGACUGUGGAAUUUGUAUUGUUUGAGCUGCCCUUGCCCCACUGUCUGAUGUGAUCUGGGUCACAGCUGCCCCCGAUGGUAGCUGAAGUGUCAGUGAGUCCCUGUAACCCCACAGGAACUGCAAAGGGAUCUGUUUGUGGUGUUAAGCUCCAAAGCACGUGCCCAGAGGUAGCACGCUUCCCCCAUGGUCUGUCCCUUCCCUUCCACCCACCCCAGUGUCUUGAAGACCUGCACAAGCGAGUGAAACCUGCUGGGCUGAUGGUUCACACCGGUACGCGUAGGCUGAGGAGGACGGCGUGUGGGGAAGCGUCUCCUUCCUCGCCUGGCAGAAGACAUCUGGUUCUGGAGCAUGGAGGCUUCACUUAGUACUUGUAUCAUAGCAUGUCAUGGGAAAUCUGGUUUUAGAGGGGUAUUUAUUUCAUUUCUCACCCACUGCUGUGUGGGUAAGGAGCUGUGGUGGCUCUGAGAUGAGGGGCAGGCACACCUCACUCAAUUUUGGUUGGUCUCUCCCUGCAGAGGGGUCGCUGGGCAGGCCCAAUGAUACCUGGGCCGCAGCCAGGCUGCCCGGCCUGGUCUUCUUGGUUCACUUUCAUCUUUUUUGGGUCUUCUGAGCACCAGGUUCCACAGCCAGCCACAUCCCAGCAUCCCCAGCCCGAGGGCUCCCUGCUGGCUGCAGUCAGUGUGGGACAGGUGCCUUGAGGAGGUGGUUCCCUCCUUGCCUGUUUAAUUUAACAGCUAAUUGGGGAUUGCCUGCCCUUGGCUUUGGUAUAGUGUCUGUCCCCUGCUUCUGGGAAUGGAGGAAACUAAGGUGCUGCUGUGAGCAUUCAUGCAGGCUGUCUAUAUCUGAUGGGUACAGAAAUGCUGUGUGUGACAUGAAUACGAGCAAAUGUAUUACAGAAGGAAUCCAAGUCUGGAGCCCGCACAGCUCUUGGGUCUGCGCAGGGCAGUGCAGGCCCAGGCAAGCACCCAAAUUUGCAGUUGGGAUCCUGAGCGUGCAGGUGGGUGCUGCUGUCUCCUUGUGCCAUGACAGUGGGUACUGGCUGGCUCGCAAAGGAAGCAUGUGGUUUCUUUGGUCUUGUUCCUUCUUCUGGAGGCUUUUCUCCUCUCUGCAUCUUUGCACCACAGCUCCUGGGGAUAUUAGGAUGGAGUAAGAGGAGAAUAUGCUCUUAAAGCUGUGAAACAGCAUCCUAUGAAAGAGUCCAGUUCAGCUUCACUGUUUAGUACUACAGGGAAAAAUAAUAGCAAUAUUUUACCAGGCUUCCCUUAGUGCCUGACUCCUCCAGUUUUCAGAAGCUCUUGUGUUAUGAGUGGACAUCCAUGAACGAGAAGAAGAGAAGAGGCCACUGAGAGGAGAUCUGAGCCAGGCCACGGGCAGACGAACACCACGGCAUGUCAGCUUCAUUUCUUCUUGCCCUGAUUUCCUAUGAAACUGUGCCACUUCUUCUUAGUGGGUUGCAAGGCUGCAUCCGGGCUGCGAUAUAGUGCUGGGCCCUGCUCACUCGCUGCAGGACUGAUGAGCUCUCCCCCCACUCGAAGGAAGAGAGAGGGAGCUGACUUCAGGGGAGUAAAGUGGGUCAGAAAACAUGGCUUAAAUCUGGCUCGGGGGGGGGGGGGGGGGGAUGUGGGAUUUAAUUGGCUGGAAAUGGUUCAAGUGGGAUCCCAUCCUGCCUUGUAGAAGUGUUUAAUCAGUUCUUACUAAUCACCAGGAAGAUCACCACCAACCUGCCUAGCACUGGGAUGUUUCAGGGGAUCAAAAUCCUUCUGGUUGGUGUAUUCAACUCCAUCACUUCAGAAAAUCCCGGAGAGCGUUCCUUGUUACAGCUUGCAAUAGCAAAUACAUCAGCAGGAGCUGCUGUCUUUAAGAAUUUAGGGUUGGUGUUUCCCAAAGUUCUCCUGUUGGCUGAAUGGCCCUGAAGUCACUGUCACAGCUCCUGAUGGCAGCAGAGCGGGGACAAUGCUGGGUGCUCUUUGCCCUGCUGCCUGUCUCCAAGCCCAGUGCUUCACGGACACCCACGGGUGGGAGAGCCCCUUCUGUUUCAUAAUUUAUUUUCCACUUCCCUUGACGAACCUUUGGCUCCGCACAGGGCAGGAUCCCCCAGGAGUGGUUCUGGGGAGCAUGUAUAUGGCUCCAUGAAGGAAUUCCCGAGUCAGCACUGGUUCAGGCUGGGGGAGAAGCUGGCUCCUGCCUCCCCGCAGGGACUGUCCCCUCUGAGCGGCUCAGUCCCACGGCUCCUCCCGGUCAGCUUGGGUGAGACUGCAGGACAGCAGCAGAUGGGUCAGAGCAGGUUUAAAGUUAAUGCUGGUGGUCUUCUCCAGCUGUAAAUAGCUGUGCUGUUCCCUAUGGCUCAGCCAGGAGCUGAUGGCACUUCUCAGCAGAGGCUGUGCCGAAAAGGGCAGCGGGGUGGAGCUGGGUCCCUUGUGUCCGUACCCCCCUUGAGGUGCAGGUCCAUGGGAGCUGCUCCCUGGGUACAGGACACGUUAUCACACACUCUGGGCUUCAGCUCACCCCUGUGAGGUGGCCGGGAGGGGGCUGGCCACCAGCCAUGUCCUCCCUCACCAAAAGGCUUCCCAAGGAUACCUGCCUCCGGUGGCUGCUCUGCAGAGGUUGUCAGAGACCAAGCUAGGGACAAACUUGGAAAGGACAAGGAGAUUCCCCGGCUCCUCUAUUUAUUUGUAAGUUUAAUUGCUAUUUUUGCCUAUUUGUGGUGGUGUAUAAAGUAUUUCUCAAUAUUUGGUCUUACUGGCUUUGUUCUUUGGGGGAGGUUUCCAAGGGCAUUGCAGCGCUGAUGCACCCAUCUCUUGUCGUUGGUCAGGGACUGGUUCCUGUUUGUGCCUUUACUCCCCCUUUGGCUUCAGCCAUGCUCUUGUCUCCAUCCCGGAGAGCCGGCAGGGGGCUGCGUCCCCCCAGCACGGGGCAGGGUGCAGAGCAGGAGCUUGUCCCGUUCCCGCCAGGCUCCUUGGCUCACUACCACUACGGUUAGUGACAGAUUUCUGCUGAAGGCUGAGAAAUUCAGGUAUAUCAUGGCUCCGUGCUGGGCAGGAAAACGUCCUGCUCCAUCUUCAGUCAUUUCUUCUAUAACCCUCUUGACCAAAGGGUAAAAAAAAAAUAAAAAUAAAAAUCAGUCUUGGUUGGUGAUUUCAGCUUUAUUCAUCCUGCAACAGCUGAAGACCUGGACCAAGGGGCAGUACCCUGCUGCUGCCCUACUGCACGGUGGGGUGAAGGCACCAGCCCAGGCUUUUUGGCUCUUGCCUACCCCAGCGGUUCCUCUGGCUUGCAGAAGAGGUGCAUGAGGGUUUCAAUAAAACACAGUAAUGCAAAUGACACUGUAAACAUCUUAACGAAAAUUCCAGUACUCUGUUGUUUGGCAGCUUUAGCAGCUCAACACUAUCUUGUAGGGAAUUAUUAAUACACUAAGAUCGUAUAGGCCUCAUGUAAGUUACCAGAAUAAAGGUGAUACUAGAUGUGUAAAUGGAUGAUAACCUUUUACCCGUACAGUAUGUAUUACAAUUUUGUAGCUUAGUCAUUUUUUGGCUAUCGGAUUUUGUUAGUAUGAUAAAAAAAAAAAAAAAAGACAAAAAAAAGGUUUGACUGCUAAUGUCUAUUUUGUUAUGAUUCAUUUUAUUUCUUCCUCUGUACAAAAGCUGUACAAAUCUCGGUCUGUGUAACUACUACAGAUAUGUAUUCAUGUACCAUCACCCCUGUCCUGGCUUGCUGGUGUGGUGAGCUCAUUACUAAACAAUAAACUCUGUGGCUGAAGUCAG